UUAAAAAUACUUGUCAUGUUUGACAGCGAUUGUCAGGCAUUCGCUCCGAAUGACUUUCGAAUAGUUUAAAAAAAGUCACGUUAUUCGUAUCGAGUUAUUUUUGUGUUUUUUCGUAUUAAAUACUUGUAAACUUGUUGUAUUAGCGUCAUGCAAUAAAGACGCGACGCUCCAAAGGACGAAACGAUAAAGACGGGCAUAUAUUAGAAAAGUUUCUGUCGAGUUAAAGAUGACCCUACUGGAGGCAAAAUACAAGCAGAAGCCUUAUUUGGUCGGAAAUUACCGUUUCACAGGGAGGUUGCUGGGAAAGGGAAAUUUUGCACGUGUGGAAGAGGCAGUACAUACAAUGCUCAGCGUAAAAGUGGCUAUAAAAAUUAUGGAUAUAAACGAAAUCAAAGAGGAGUACGUUAUACGAAACCUUGGCAGAGAAGCCAAGCUGAUGGCUAAAUUAAGCCACCCCUGUAUCUGCGCCCUCUAUCAAACGAUGAAACGUUCGGAUAACGUUUAUUAUUUGGUAAGCGAACUGGCUAAUGGUGGCGAUUUGUGUACGUUUGUUAAGGAACAACGUGGCGGACGACUAGAAGAGAGACCUGCUCGCAUUUACGCUCGCCAGUUCGUGUCUGCGCUUGCGCAUAUGCAUAGCGUCGGAGUUGUACAUCGAGACCUCAAAAUGGAAAACGUGAUGCUUAAUACGGCCAGGACUCAAAUCAAGAUCGUAGAUUUCGGAUUGAGCAACAUUUAUAAUCACAGCGAUCCAUUAAAAACCCACUGCGGGUCACCGGAAUAUGCGGCCCCGGAACUCUUUGUCACCGGAAUGACUUAUGGACCGGAAGUUGACGUUUGGAGCCUGGGAAUCAUCUUUUACGGAAUGGUCGUAGGGCAACUGCCGUUUGUCUGUAAUAAAAACGAGCCGAUUUCCUCACAAGAGCGUCGCAAGAAGUUGGUUGCUCAAAUAAACAAAGGACUCGGAGUGAAUCAUAAGAAAUCGUUAUUGCCGUUAUCGCCCGAUUUUCGAAACAUGAUUGGAAGGAUGUUGGUCGGCGAAAUCGAUAAAAGGAUAUCGGUAAAAGAACUGUUAUCCCACCCAUUUAUAACGGAAAAAGGUACAAGGGCAAUAAGAGUCCAUCCAAUCAAAAAACUGGAUCUGAGGCAUCAGGCGAGCAUAAUAGCUGAAAUCUGCGAGAUGAUCCACCUGUCGUCCGAUUUAGUUAUUAAAAGCAUAAAGGAGGAGCCGUUUUCGAAAAUUUCUGGAAUGUAUAAUAUUUUGGCUCACAGGCUGAUUUUGAACCGAUUGAGUGGAGAUGGAAUCACGAAAGUUCGUCCAGUUUUAGAACCAAGCUCUAAGGAAUCUCUGACUGUGCGAGCUAAGAGUCCGCAGACGCCUCCUGCCAAGAGACUUUAUCAAACGAAAUCCGCAUCUCGUUCCAACACAAGAGAACCCAUACUAAUUGUGCAGGACAAAACGUUAACGCCAAAGAACGAAAGCCGUCCCAUGACCGUUUUAGAAAAUUCCAGUAAGCACCCUACGGUUUCGCAAAAUUCCAUUCGACCGAAAAUGAACGAUAUCAAACGCCCUACUUCUCCAGUGGGGACAAUGCGGCCGAAAACGGUGCAGUACAGUAAAAAAAGCGGCAACUACAAAGACUUUGUUAUUAAAUCGCCAUCGUCGAUGACAAGAAACACCACGAUUCCCGCGUCUAAACCGAAGAGUAUCCGCCCCUCGACGGUCGCUUCCCCGUUAAGUAAUAAAUCAAACACAGGAAAAAACAGCAGGGUGUUGAAAGACGUUCAGAAAAAGUUAGCGAGUCAGACAACCGAUGAUACGAAAAAACCGACCGAGAAGGUAGAACAUAAGAAGUCGUUGUUAAUGCUGCCACACUCCUUAAAAUUAGCACUGAAACGAGAGGAAAGGGUUUCCAGUUCUCCAGAGAAAAAACAGCGAAGCAACAAAUCAGAAAAAUUACCGGUAACUACUGGCAACUGGAAAAGCCCUACGACGACUCAGAGUGACUCCAAGGCAACCAGACCGCAAACUUCACCAUUCAAAGAGUAUAAGCCUCUCACGAGAUUCUUAAGGUUCGCAAGACCAGGUACAUCCGGUCAAGCAAUGGAAAAGUGUCCGAUGGCUUACGGAGAUAUCGCCCAAAAAAAUCAGGCAACGAUAUUAUCGAACCAGAAGACAAAGAAACCGACUAUCUACGAUCCGAUUGCUCGCUCAAUCGCUGGUUAUGUGUGUAAUAACGUGCCCAACAGGCUCAAGACCAAACUGACCGGUUGUAAGGAGUGAAUUGUCACGUUUUGCCUAACUUUAUAUUGUAAUAAUUGCUAUGGUAGAGGUUUAAAUAGUAAAAUUAUAAUCUGAGUAA